UGCCGUGUGCUGAGCUGGCUUAUUGUGUGCGCCUCUUUGUGAUUCAUUCAUCCAAGUCACAUUGGCAGCUUAGAAUUGACCGUGGUGGGAGCAUUCACCUCAUGGAAAUGGGCAAAUACCACCAAUCAGGGCUUUUCACAAAGGUAUCUUUGAGAGCCGGUUUCCUGCACAGAGACUGGUAGUUGGACAGGGUGAGUAGACCCAGAUGUGUGCCGGGGACUCGCACGCAGGCGAUCUCUCCACCUCGAGGGGCCACCCCAGACCUUGGCAUCAUGAUAACCGGAAAGAGAUGGUAUUGGAAAGCGCCUUGGGCCAAUGGACGAGGCACUCAAGGAAACCGACAUGGGGCAUCCCAGGGUGGGGAGCGAGGCUGGCACAUACAGCGCUUUGUGUGAAUAUAAAAACAGUGCCUCUUCCUUGACACAAGAUGCCCCCACCUCUGGGAUGCAGCCCCUACAUGCCCACCCAGCCGGUGCCUUGUGCAGUGGCCAACCUGCACAACCUGUGGCAGCCUGCAGAGGACCAAGGGGACUGAUACUUCAGCAGGCCUGUGCCCACUUGCAGUUCAGGGGCUGGAAAGCUCUCCUCUGGAGAGAGGAAGGACUCCUCCUGGAGUGGCGGGAUGAGAAAGGCCUUUAGAGAACAGGUGGCACUUGAGCCAGACCCUGAAGGGGAGGAGGCCGUUCUGCAGGGGGUAGCCUGAGCAAAGGAGUGGAGGCUGAUCUCAGCAGAGCUCAAACGAACUACGGAGACUGGGCUCAGGGGAUCUGGGGCGAUUCUGGUGGGCACUGAGCCCCGAGCCAUGAUGAAGACUUUGUCCAGCGGGAACUGCACGCUCAGUGUGCCCGCCAAGAACUCAUACCGUAUGGUGGUGCUGGGUGCCUCUCGGGUGGGCAAGAGCUCUAUCGUGUCUCGCUUCCUCAAUGGCCGCUUCGAGGACCAGUACACACCCACCAUCGAGGACUUCCACCGCAAGGUGUACAACAUCCGCGGCGACAUGUACCAGCUUGACAUCCUGGACACCUCCGGCAACCACCCCUUCCCUGCCAUGCGCAGGCUCUCCAUCCUCACAGGGGACGUCUUCAUCCUGGUGUUCAGCCUGGAUAACCGGGAGUCCUUCGAUGAGGUCAAGCGCCUCCAGAAGCAGAUCCUAGAGGUCAAGUCCUGCCUGAAGAACAAGACCAAGGAGGCGGGGGAGCUGCCCAUGGUCAUCUGUGGCAACAAGAACGAUCACGGCGAGCUCUGCCGCCAGGUGCCCACCACCGAGGCCGAGCUGCUGGUGUCGGGCGACGAGAACUGUGCCUACUUCGAGGUGUCGGCCAAGAAGAACACCAACGUGGACGAGAUGUUCUACGUGCUCUUCAGCAUGGCCAAGCUGCCGCACGAGAUGAGCCCCGCCCUGCACCGCAAGAUCUCCGUGCAGUACGGCGACGCCUUCCACCCCAGGCCCUUCUGCAUGCGCCGCAUCAAGGAGGUAGAUGCCUACGGCAUGGUCUCGCCCUUCGCCCGCCGCCCUAGCGUCAACAGUGACCUCAAGUACAUCAAGGCCAAGGUUCUUCGGGAAGGCCAGGCCCGCGAGAGGGACAAGUGCACCAUCCAGUGAGCAAGGGAUGCUGGCCUGGGGCUUGGGCUGUGCCUUCAGGGAGGUGGCCCCAGAUGCCCACUGUGCGCAUCCCCCCACCGAGGCCCCCGUGGCAGGCUUGUUCACAGACUUGGCACCAGGCUGGAGGCCCCCAGGCACUUGCCUCCGCAUAUCCGUCUGCCUUCUCACAGCGUCCCCGAGUCUCCUCGUCCGCAGCUCCUUGGUGGUUACGCUCCUCUAUGGGAAGACACAUCUCUGCAGCCUAAAGAGUUACGCAGAGACCCAAGUUACGCUCUCCUCUCCUGAGGUUGGAAGAAACGCUGAUGCCAGAGGGAUGAGGAUUGCUGCGUCAAAUGGAACCUCCUGGGACAAGAACCAGGAUGGAAAGGACACCGGGACCCAGAUGGGAGAGGUCUCCUCUCUCCUGGCAUAAGACCCAGCUUGGCUUGGGUGGCAGCUGAGAGAAUGUCUCUCUCAGCCCCGCAACUCCUGCCCUCCGGUUCAGCUGCCUCUGCACCCCUCCAGCUGCCCCUGACAUUGAGCCAGCCGCGGCUGUGUGUUUGAAGGGCUUGGCCACACCUAGACCACGCCCACCUCCUGACCGCGUUCCUCAGCCUCUCCUCCCCGUCCCUCCUCUCCCAGGUCCCCCCCCGACAGUUGUGCUUUAUUGUGGUUGCAGCUGUUUUCAUGUCAUGUGUAGCAGUAGAAAUGGAAAUCACUGUACUGUAAAAGCCUAGUGACCCCCUCCUUGGCCAGGUCCUCACCCAGUUCAGAUCCACGGCCUCCACCAGGGACGCCUUCUCCUCUGCUCCCGAACAGGGUUCCCGUGGCCUGUCUGCAGCUAGAUAUUGACCUCUGCCAUCGAGCUCCACAGUUUGCAGACGAUUGCACAAGCGUGGGGCAGACAGGCCACGGCUGCUUUUUUAUGCUCCCAUUUCACAGAGGAUACCACUGGGCAAGGACACAGCCCGGUAGGGACAUGAUGAGCCCCAGGCCCCCCCCCCCCGCCCCCCAGCAAGUUCAGGGUACAGCUCCACCUAGAACCUAGCUGUCCUCUACUGUUCUUGUUACGCAAGCAUUUAUUAAGCACCUACUGGGUGCUGGGUUCACUGUGUCCUAGGAAACCAAGAGGGUCCCCAGCCCUGGCCCCUGCCCACCCCUGCUGCCCUGCCACCCUCUGCACACACAGUGGUGAGGGGGCAGGGAGGAGCAGCUAGGACUCAGGACUGAGCCAGGAAGGGCUCUGACAGAGAAGCUCAGGGUGGGUCUUUUCCUUGUGCCCGGGAUUGGGCUGUAC